UGACGUAAUGUAUUCCCUAGCAACCAAGAUGUCUGUUGUGCGGUAUUUAUAAACUUAUUUAUUUUCAGUGGAUGGUUUGGUUGACACUUUUCGCUUGCAGACUACCUUUUUAUAUCCUUAUAAAUGACAAAUAAAAAAAAUUGAAGCAAAACUUAAAGAAAAAUCUGAAAAAAAGAAAGAACCACUUUCGAUGAUUAAUUACAAUAAAACGAAGGUCUGUUUGGAAUACGGUAGAAGUAAUUACUCAGUGAUACAAAUUAUGCUGACGUAUUUGAGGAGUAGGAUAUAAUCGUUGGAACCGUAUAUUAUAUCAUUGAUACUUAUUUUAUGGAUCAUAGUUGGUGGUGGGGUCUGUUUUGUGAAAGCAGAGUCGAAACUAGCGGAGUCUGAACGGAAAGAUUAAACUGAUUUAUAUAUCUGAAACAAUCAAAAACGUAUUUUUGUAAAAAUUUCACCAAAGAAUGCAUUUUUCGGAAAGUUAUGAAGAAACACACUUGGCGGUGGACACCAAUCUGUACUUAUGCAGCUAUCUAUCAAAACACAUCUAAUCAAAAUGGCUAAAGCUUCUUCUUCUACUAUUGACUGGACCCUAAUAUCUGCACAUGGACCUGCAGUUGUCUUUCAUACAGCCUGUAUUGUUGGAGAUAGGCUCUAUGUUCAUGGUGGUUUGGCUGUUGAAAAUGUUAACAUGCCGGUUAAUGGCUUCUAUUAUUUAGAUUUAAGAAGAAAUAUUUGGAAUGAAAUACAAUCACCUGGUAGUCCAUCUUUAAGCCACCACACCUCCAUUGUCUUACAUGAACGCUACAUGCUCCUUAUAGGAGGAUGGAAUGGCAAGUUACGAUCAGCAGAUCUUUAUUGCUUUGAUACUGAAACAAUGCAAUGGACUGAAAUGAAACAUUCUGGUUACCCGAAAGAGGCUGGUUUGAGUUCUCACUCAAGUAUCUUAUGUGAAAAUAACAACAUUUUAGUUGUUGGUCGAGAGGGUCAUCUUCAUUCACAACGUAAACACAACAGUGCUUAUAUCUUAGCUGGUGACCCUGUGAAAGGGUACUUUUCCUAUUCUUUGCUAACAUAUGGGGUUGCUUCACGUUCAGGCCACACGUGCAAUGGUGAUGGUCGUUGGACAUAUUUGAUUGGUGGCCGCAAAGACAAUUUCAUUGAGACGGUGGCUGGUGUAAAGUCUUAUCCACAACUAACAAGUUCAAUUGCCAAGAAAUUAAAAGAUUUUUGUGAGAAACUUGUGCCAAUGUCAAAAUAUCCAUCAGGUAGGAAGCAUCAUGCUGGUGUUGGAGGUCAUGGAGUUAUAUUCAUUCAUGGAGGGGAAACUUUUGAUUCUGCUCUAAACAUACCUUCAGGGGAGAUGUAUGUGCUUAUUGCAGCAAAAAGUUUAAAUUUCUACAAAGUUGGGAUUAGUCUUGUUUCUCUUAAAGGACAUAUAUGCUGUUGCUAUAAUGACAAAAUAAUUGUACAUGGGGGUGUAUCUGGCAAGAAACACAGUGUAAAGGGGGAUACUUAUGAAUUAAUUAUACCUUAAAUUCAGUGUGUCUGAAGCCUGAUUUUUAUACAUCACAGCCAGUACUAUUGUUUUAACAAAUGGCAAUAAUGUGAAAGAGGAGUUUUAAGUUGUUGAAGUAGCUGUUUCAACAGCUAGAGGCAUGAUUUAUUGCUCAACUCGACUCUAAAGUAGCAAUCAAAUCUGUUGUCAUCUAUGUAAACUGAGAUUAGCAGAGUUUAAUGUUUGGUGGGUCAUAAAUGCUGUCAUACCUCUAUUAAAAACAUAUAAAAAAGAACACUGCUGAGAAAAAAGAAAAACAAAAAACACAAAAACAAAAUACAGUAUCUAAUACUGAUGAGCAUAAAUAGCUUGAAAUGCAUAUAUUAGUCCACAAUGGCUUUGAUGUUAUGAAACCUUUUGCCUAAAGAGGGAAUAUUUCUUCAUGGCGAAUUGCAGUGAAAAUGGCUGUUUUGGAGGUCAAAUAUUUCCUAAACAUAUUUGAACUGAUUGAAAAGUUUGUUUAUUUCACAACACUGCUUAACAUGCAUACUGCAACUACCAGAUAUAGCGGUGACAACUACCUGCCAACAUCUUGUCCGAGUAUGUGAACUUAAGAAUAAAGAAAAGAACGGUUGUAACUUUCAGACCAGUGACACCAUAUGACCUAAAAUGACCAAUAGAGGCAUAAGAUCUAGAAGCUACCUUGAAUUUGUUUCAAACCCCUAUACUCUGCUCUAGCUUCCUGACCAGAAAAAUUCAAACUCAUUAAAUAAUUAAUAUAUGUAACUCUGACCAAAUGUGUUGAAUGCCACUGUCUUUCAUUUGUCAAUUCACUUGUGUGUGUGUGUGUGUGUGUGUUUAAAGAAAAAUUUUCUUAAAUGUUAUUAACAAUUAAAUAAAGAUUCUUUUGGCAAG